CCGCUGCGGCGCCGAGCCGGCCGGGCGCGCCGGGCCGCUCCCUCCUGCAGGCGGAGAAGAGGCGGAGCGCGGCGGGCACCUAGAGGAGGUGACCCCAAGGUACUGAAUCACCAUUAGUCAAGAUGGCUUCAGCACCUGAGCCUCCAGCCUUUAAAAAGGAGCUGCCCAAGGAGAAAGACUUUGGAAACCCAGGGCUCAGAGGGGUCCGCACCACAACCUUAUUUCGAGCUGUGAAUCCGGAGCUCUUCAUUAAGCCUAACAAACCUGUAAUGGCUUUUGGACUGAUAACCCUUUCCCUUUGCGUGGCUUAUAUUGGUUAUCUCCAUGCGACACAGGAGAAUAAGAAGGACCUCUAUGAAGCUAUUGAUAGUGAGGGACACAGUUAUAUGAGGAGGAAAACAUCUAAGUGGGAUUAACAGUGCUGAUGCCUGCAGAUGAAGCUGUACUGGGGGCUCUGAAAUCCUCCCCUGAAGAUUAAGACCGCACAGUGUCAUGUUUCUUGUUCUAAAAGGUGCUACAGAGGAAGAAGGAUAGCAGUUGCAGCCAGACCACAAUAGUGAAUGUUGUCCUUUCAAAACUGCAGCCAUUACCUCAUUCUUUUUCCAUGGAAAGAGCUUCUCAAUAUUUUUCUUCUAUUAAAUCCUCUUAUAAAAGUGCCAUGAGAAUGGAAGUUAUUUUUGUUCUACAUAAUAAAAAUACCAGUGCUCUUAAAAUUGCAUAGCAUUUUUAAUAUUUUAAGGUGAAUUUUGUAUAUACAACUGUUGUGAUGGUUAAGUUUAUUUUGCUACUUGCAAAGGCAGUGUUCAUUUUCUGCUUGGCACAGAACCUAUGUUUGUGAAGAAAACAAAAACUAAAUUAUUGUAAAGCCUGCAGUUUUUAUAGAGUCACAGAUGGGUCAUGUAUUUCAGUUUUCCAUUUCCGCUAAUUUUGGUCCAGAAUUUUAUUUAAUUGAAAAGGUACUCCCACUGAACUACUAAAAUCAAUAUUAAAUGAGAGAAUAACCUGAAAUAAUUGGAGUUUCUCUUUUUCAAAAAAGAAAAAAGUAUGUUAUACUGAGGUAUGGUGUUUUUGACUACAACUAAAUAGUAUCUAUUUUGGGUUUUGUAAACUAAUGUUAUAAUGAUGUAAAUAUAAGACCAAAUACUCUGAUACUCUGUUUUUUUUGGGGGGGGUGGUUGGAUUUUUAGGGCUGCACCUGUGGAUUAUGGAAGUUACCAGGCUAGGGGUCGAAUCAGAGCCAUAGCUGCCGGCCUACACCACAGCCACAGCAAUGCCAGAUCCAAGCUGCAUCUGUGACCUACACCACAGCUCACGGCAGUGCUGGAUCCACAACCCACUGAGUGAGGCCAGGGAUCAAACCUGUGUCCUCAUGGAUACUAGUCAGAUUUGUUUCCAUUGAGCCACGAUGGGAACUCCCAAGACCAGAUACUCUUAUAGUUAUUUAAAAACUAUAAGGAAAGAAGAUCUAACUAUAAGAACAUGGGUUUACCUUACAUAAUUUGUCUCUUCCUGAUGAUGGUUUUAGACCUGUUUCUAGACAUUUACCCCAUUCUCCAAAUCAUUGAAAUUGGAGCUCAGUAAUAAAUCUCAUCUCUGGAAUUUUGCUUCAUUUAUUAUUAACAAGUAAUAAUAACUCCACAGGUGGCGUUUGUCAUCAUAAUGUAAGCUUUUAAUUUCCAUUGCCUUCUUGCGGUUUUGCAGGAUACAUGAAAAUGUAAUUAUGUCUGAUUUGUAGAUAUUAAAGAGCUUAGCUAAUUGAGUUAUCUGCAUACAGCUAAAUUAAAUCUUUACUACUGAGCCCUAAAUAUUACUUUGCUAGGUCUCUCUAUAUAGUACACUUCAUAUAGUUUAAAAUGCACUUAGGUGGUGUAAAAUGACUUUUGAUUUAAAGUAUUACCCUUUGCCGUUGGUUAUUAAAAAACUUCUGUUUUC